CAGUGGUCUAUUUCUUUUUGUAUUUGUAAUUUUUCUGUCUGAUAUUGACUGCUCAAAAGCUAAUAUUUUCAAGCACGAGAGCUUAAUAAAAAUCCAAUAUCUGUAAUCCAUUUGAUAGUUCUAAUUUGAUUGGCAUAAAAUGCCGAAGCGACGUGAAAACUUAGAUUUUUCUGGUUUAUUUAAAUUAGACGUAUUAUUACACCUUGAUAUUACUACGUACAGUUUUUACGAAGUCGGGCAUAAGAAGUUCUUUGCCUUUACUAGCGAUAAAGAGUUAAUUUUUAUAUACAUUGAUCCCCAGUCUGAAAGAUUUGAAUAUAAUUAUGACUGGGAUUUCCUGGACAAUCCAAUAUAUUGUAUGUGCUUUGAGCCAAGUGGUACAUGGGUGAUUAUUGUUAGUGAGCAGAAGGUUCUCUUGGUGCCAUUUUUACCGCUGUUCAGUCCUCAGAAUGCUUUUGAUCAAAAGUGGUCACUUUCGAGGGUAACAGUCUUACCUCUGGGAGUGAUAACAAAGCCAACAUCUUUAGUUUGUUGGUUGACAAAGGAGUCGGAGAGUGUUUUAAUUAUUGGCUCAAAGACAGGAUCAAUUGCAUUUUAUUCUCUGGAUACACAAAGCAUUGUGGGAGAGUGCAAGGUGCCUGGAGAAAUUACUGACUUACAAAUCUGUUUUGAUGACUCAUUGGAUCUGCUCACACUUCUGAUAUCAAUCAGCCAAUCACAACAAUGCAAGUUAGUGUUGGAACACAGGUCAUAUGGCUACAACUGGCUGCAACAGACAAGAGCACAAAAUGACAGAGACAAAAAGGACAGUUUCAUGUCUUAUAUCAAACAGCUGUCCAAGGAUAAGAUUACGUUCUUUAUACAGGGUGGCUCUAAAGAUGAAGGAAAAUCCCAAACCGUGGAGUAUGUUUUAAAGCCAACAGAGUAUUUGCCUUUGUUUAGAAAAGGUUCCAAUAAUUGGGCAUUGACAGCACAGUAUGUAAAUGGCAGACAUUUCCUAACUGCUUUUGAAUUAAAUGAAGGAACUUUGAUUUUGGAAAGUCCUGAAGAAGAUACUCCAACUAGAACACUUAGGCCUCAUAUAAGGAAAGAUGGUUUAUAUGUCCAAGGCCUGUGGUCUCAAAGGUUGAUAUAUCUAUUGAGGAAGAAGGAAGUAGAAGUGCACUCAUCAAGUUUUUCUGUUAUUGAAGGUCGUUUCGAGACAUUAGUCGGCAGUAAAAGCAAGUCUUCCGAACUUUGGCGUGCGGAGCUAAUAGGUGAUGUUCGUCGAGGUCACUUAAUGUCGUCACGCGAGCCGCCAGCGAUGCCCGGCGGGUGGCGCGAACCCACCUUUAUGUGCGACCUGCAACUGCCCCGGUUUAGCUUGGAGUCCUGCCUUAUUGUCACCAAUAAGGGAGCUUAUAUUCUUAACACAGUGUCUGACGCGUGUGAGUGGGUGGUGGGCGGCGUGAUGCGCGGCUCGUGCGGCGCCGACACGUGCGCGGCGCUGGGCGCGGCGCUGCCCGCGCUGCUGCGCGCCGCCGCCGACAUGCUGCUGGCGCGGGGGAAGCUGCCUCUAGCCGACUAUCUGUACUCUAUUCUGAAAUCACCUCAUUGCCCAAACGGCUGGGUGACGCGUCUUGGCGUCUUCGGUCGACUAAACGAGAUGUCUUCGUAUAAAAAAUCUGGCAAUAUCGGCGACGUUUCUACAACGUUGCAAAUGUUAGCUACCUUGGUCAACAUAAGCAAUGGUACCUUGGAUAAGUUUAAUAUGGAGAGCGACCUAAUAACACUAAAGCCAGUUGAAUUGUUGGAGCUAUGUUCAUUUUCUGCGGCUGUGGGUCUCUGGGAACUGGCACCCGUAUUCAGCAUUCAUUCUGGGCACCCCAGUUUGUUGCUAUCAGCAUUGAAAUCCAGAAAGGAUUUAUGUCGCGGCGCCAUCCAUUGUCUUUUAGAACAAAGCUGCAUAGUGCCGCUUUUGUUAAAAGAAAAUGGACAGUGGUUGUUUGAUUACAUCAUCGAAAACUGUAAUAAAUUCGAUACUGACAUUUUGAAGUGCUUGUGUCUAUGGUUGAACCCCAUGCAAGACUUAUUACGCCCAGUAAUGCGUGAUUUGAAGCAAGGCAUUACAUCGAUUUAUACAACAAGAUUGCAGCUUUUAAUAUCAACAUUCACGCAGAUUGCUUGUGUCAUUGACUCUAGAGAGCCAUGUCCUGAGAUACAUUUGCAGCUCAAACUAUGUCCUGACACUUGGAAGAAUCAGUUUACGCCUAAGAGAGCACUUAGUUGUGGCUUGUCUCAUUGGGCAGUGGUCGACGAAGGCAAUGCUAAAGUUAUGAUGACUAAUACACCGAUUAAUCCUAAAGUGAUUGGUAGAGUGGUCGAUGUGGCGUGUGGAAGACAUCAUACUUUGGUGUUGACUGAGAACGGGAUAUACGCGGCAGGCGACAACUCGUUCGGUCAGCUGGGUGUUGGUACUUCAUGGCGCGGCGGCGUCGGCGACGAUGCACGGCCCGCCGGGGCCCUGCUGCCAGUCUGUCUCCCGCACCAAGCCAGCGCACCCAUCGCCAUCAUAGCUGCCGGACACUACCAUUCUGCGGCCGUCGAUGUUGGCGGACGACUCUAUACUUGGGGAUGGGGUGUCCACGGUCAGCUAUGUCACGGUAGCAUAGAUGAUGAAUUUUCACCCAAACUGGUCACCAAGUUCCAAGGCAGAAAGGUGCUAAGCAUAGGCUGCGGCGCUUGUCACUCGGUAGUGCUAACCCAGAACGGCGAGGUGUGGGCGAGCGGCGCGGGAGUGUUUGGCCAGCUCGGCAGUGCCUCACGACAGAAGGCGUCUGUACCGCGUCGAGUUGUACUGCCCGAGCCUGUGCGGGCCAUCGCUGUGGGAUACUUCCAUAAUCUAGCUUUAACGAACUCGGGGGCGGUGUACGUAUGGGGUGCUAGUCCGCAGCAGGUGCGGGCUGAGAACGCGCGGCGUUCGGCCGAAUCGGCGGGUGAGUCGGCCGCAAGACGCCCGGCCGAGUUGCCCGCCCGCAGCCCGGACGAGCCGCCCGCCCGAGGCUCAGUUGUGCCACAAGCCCGCGGCCCGGCCGAGCCGGUCUCCUCGCCGCCCGCGCCCGACCCGCACCUCGUGCCGCAGCGACUCAAUACUUGCAACGUUACCGGGGACAUCGUACAGUUAGCAGCCGGUUGGCAUCACUCGUGCCUACUGAACAACGCAGGCACACUUUACUCUUGGGGCCUCAACUUUGACGGACAGCUAGGAAGUGGGGAUCGAAAGCAAAUUACGAUUCCGACUGAAGUCAAGAUGGCAACAGAUGCUCAACCGGACAUUGUUAAAAAUAAUAACGCUAAAACACCAGAAGCUGAUAAGAAGGACUUUAAAACCAGGGCUCUCGUGGCAUGUGGAGGUGACUUCACGGUUUAUAUAGACAACGAUGGGAGAAUAUACGCCACUGGCAAUAUUCAUCAACAGCUCAACAAUGAAAAGGACAAAGGUGGCAACCGCGUCAUAAUGAUGAAGACAACAAAACGUGUCAUAAAAAUACCAGCAAGUAGAAACAAUAAAUUCUUAUUCCAACCUGUCGACAGAAUUGAUAUUAUGUUUCCUUUCGACUUAGAAGCACAAAGAAAACCAAUCGAAGGCAGGUUAAAUCCAUUAACUUCCAUUCAAGAUUUCUCAAACAAAUCAUGGGCGGAUGACAUUAUUCUCAUACUAAAACCGUGGCUAAACGAGGAAAACUUUAAAGGAAACUGCAACAUGGCUGCUAAGUUCGCAUAUCACAACAAAAUGUACUCCGAAUGUCUAAGAUUGUUGUUGAACAAUUUGAAAUACGAAAUACAAGGCGAUCAAACAUAUGUAACACACACUUCCAAAGAUGAUGGAAAUCCAAGUUCUGAGGAAGGAGAUUCUUCGAAGCAAGAAGAACUAAACUUGAUAAUUAAAAAUAUCAUGUCUAAACGCAUCAAAGACGUGUCUAUGGCCAGUCUGAAUUCGGAACCAUAUCCGCCAGUGGAUCCAGCUACGUACAAAGCUCUGCCUUGCUGCUGUGAUGAAUUAAAGUAUUGUAAAACAGGAGAAUCUAUAAAAUCGACUAGCGAUGAAAUGGAAUGCGAAAUCUCCCUCAAAGCGGCUCAAAUAAUAGAUCAAUGUAUGAGCAUAUUCCCUGUAGAUACAAAAUUAUGGGAAUUGUGCUUCCGACUUUCAAAGAAUUUCUUCUUAGAAAAUAAUUUGUCUAUACCAAAACUGGAAAUAGUGUUGCGGAAAUAUAUGGAAACUGAUUCUGCGACGAUGGCGGCAGCUAUUAUGUACUCGAAUGAUUGCGCUCAGUAUAGCAAGAUACUUUCUCCAAAAUUUUACUUAAAUAUGUGUAGUAAUGUGUUAGAUACUUGGGGAUAAUUUCAGAAAAAUAUAAACUCGGGAUUGUAUCGAUUAAUCGAUAUGCGACUUGAUUCGAUUUGGCAGCUGCGUGUAAUUGAAAAAUAGCAACUCGAUAGCAUAUCAAUGAAAUAUGAAAUAAACAUUAAUCAAUGUACUCAUCUAUAUCUUCAUAGUGUCUAUGUAUAUCCAAUAUUUAUCAAUACGUAUUCAAAUAUGUAGUUACCUAGCCUAUUUAAAUGGAAGUACUCCUAGUACAGAUAAUAGUUCCCAAUGUAUUUACAUUAUACCUAUUGUUGUAUAGUUUUUUUUAUUCCUCAUGGUUGAUUUUUACACAAAAUAAUUGAAUCUGUUAUAUUUGAAUUUUAAAGUUUAUUUUGGAUUUUUGUGUAUUAUUGUAUUCUGUUUUUGAUGGUUUGUACAAUGUAUGUAUUAGUUGUUAUAAAAACCACAGUGACUGAAUUUGUGAACGAAAUGAAAUUAUUGUCGAAAUUAUUUACUUUCUGUGGAACUCGAAUUUAUUUUUUACUUUUAAGUAUAUAUUUU